UGUAGGCCUAAUAGAAUAUCUUGUUAUUCAAAUAUUCUUAUACAAGCAAUAUACCGGCCUUAUAGCUUACUGAUUACUAGAUCUAUAUAUUUAUUGUUCAGAUCUUAUAUCUCUUUGCUUAGUUAACAAGAAAAGGUUAAUUGUUAUCUUUAAUAUUUAUGAGUGUAUAGUGUAUGAUGCUUUGCAGAUUCUAAGUUUAAAUUCGAUAAUGGAUUUUGAAUAUGACAGUUCUCAAACUGUUCUGAAAAACACAGAAAAACUUCUGUUGGAUAAUAUUUUUUUGGAUUUUACUGUCAAGGUUGAUGACGUUUCCUUGCCAUGUCACCGUAUUUUUCUGGCAGCGUCGUCACAUUUCUUCAGAGCACUUUUAAUGACAGACAUGAAGGAGGCUAAAGAGGGUUGUGUAACGAUCAAUGGGAUUUCUCUUAACACAUUUCAACAUAUUUUAAAGUCAAUGUAUACUGGAAAGGUACCUUUGACGAAAGAUAAUUUUAUAGACAUCUGGUAUGCAGCAGAUCAACUACAGAUAGACUUUAUUGUUACACACUGUGAGGAUUUCGCUGCAAAGGCCAUUUCUGUUGAAAACAUUGAAAGCGUUGUGAGUACAGCUAAAGCUUUUAAAUCCGAAAAAGUGUUGAAUGCUUCAAAAUCUUUUAUGUUAAAUAACUUUGGCAUACUUAUGAACGACAAGCCUAUAAUGGAGCUCGAAGUUAAAGAUUUCAAUGAAUUGAUUGAUUCACGGGAUCUCAAAGUAGAAAACGAAGACUGGGUCAUGCAAACAGUGCUAAAGUGGGUGGAGUAUGUACCAGAAGAAAAAUACAGUGGUGAAAAAGAAGACAUUCUUACUGACAUAGAACAUAACACUUCAAAAGAAAAUAGUUCUAAUAAUGAAUCUGGUAAAAGUCUUAUUGCAGUCCAUAAACAAACGUUGAAUAAAAUAAGUCACAGAACUCAUGCCUUGACAACAUUAUUGAAGUCUGUGAGGACGUGUCUUGUGAGUACACCACUUCUGAAACAUCUGCUAAAUCAGCAAUUGAUAAUCAACAACAAAGAAGCUGAGCGUAUUUUAAUGGAUGCGGUUUUGUAUAAGACAACACAUUAUAACCACGGACAAUGGCGAACAAGUGCCAUACAUCGAGCCUGUAGUAUAUUGGAGCAUUACGGUAUUGUGUAUAUAAUAAAUAGUAAAUUUAAUUGUGUCUGUGCAUAUGAAGAUGAGCUUUACAAAUGUGUAAGCUGUAACGAUAUACCUCUGGACGUAACUUUAGUUGUGUUUGACUCUUAUCUGUACGCCAGUGGUGUUAAAGACGUAUCUCAAACAAACAGCUCUCUGUAUGUUUUUUGUAGAAACGUGUGGAACAAAAUCACUGAAAUACCAGGACGGCAGUUAAUUUUAGUGCCAUAUGAACAGUGUAUCUUUAUUCUUAGUAAAUGUUCUAGUGAAAUUUGUCAAUUAUACCCUAAAUGGGGUAAACCAAAAGUUAAAGAAUUUUCAAAGCUACCAGACACAAUAAAAGUACAACAUGCUACAACUUAUCAGAGGACGAUUCUGAUUUUCAGUUCUGUUACCGUCAAUAAUAAGGAGAAAACUGCAGUUCAUCAACUGGACAUUUUAACAAAAAAAUUAACAGAGUUAGAACAAUUGAAUGGACCAGCUGAACAGAUAAUAAGUUUCAGUGAUGACUACAAUAUUUACGUUUUACAAACUGUUGGAGAUUUGUGGGUUAUAAACUGUUUAGUUGAACCAGUCACAUUCAAAUUGUUGGGAAGGUUAUGGACUAUUAAGAGAAAGUUGUACGGUGCAUUGACAUACAAGAAACAGUUGACUAUCUUUGGCUCUGACCCCAACACAGAGUCGACUGAUCAAAAACGGCUGCGUUCGUUUAAAGAGUACUUUACCCACAUACAAUACUGGGGAAUCGAUAAACCAUGUUCAAAUUUUAUAGCAGCUACUCUACCGAAAGAUGGAAUGGUGCUUAUCUGAAAAUAAGUACAAUGUAAUAAUAUGAAUGGUUAUUGCAUUUUGGAAAGGGUUUGGGAGUGAGGUUAAGGUCUGUGCUUUUUUAGGGUAGACAAAGUUACUAGUUAUUUUUUUACGUUACAAAUGAUUAACAUUUUCACUUUGUUUAUAUUAGAACUGGAUACAUUUGGACUAAAAAAAAAAUAGCACAUUGAUCGGGUGGAAUUUAAGUAAAUAUUGCUUUUUUUGGGCGCAGCUGACCGUAAACCUACCCAUAUAUGAACAUUAUUUUAUUAGUGCUUCCAACAUAGGUAUAAUUAAAAAAAAAAUAAAGAUUAAAAUAUUCCAGGCUGUAAACUUGAAUAAUGUAAAACAAACAAAAUACUCGAUCAUUGAUACUUUCAACUGGUCAACAUUCAUAGGACAAAAAGAAUAUUAAUGGCAUUCUCAGAAUUUUACGUUAAAGAGAAUCCUCUACGUGUUGGGAUUAUUAGUUGG